AUGGAAUACCGCGGUUUGGUGGACUGGGGAUUGGCGAGGCCAAGAACUGCCCUGGCUGGCGGUUGGACCGACCGGCGCUUGACGACCGGCGGCGAAAUGAUUGGGAAGGCAUCUGGCGCGGUAUCUAGUUGCAGCUCGACAAACAGAUCAAUGUCUUCUCGAGAAGAUGCUAGUAAGCUAUUGGAGGCAGCACUGCUUGAAAUGGAUGGAAUCAUUGCAAGUACGGGUCGAAGUGAUUUCGAUGAUCCUGGACCUCCUCCGUCGCCGAUCCUCUCUAUCAGCGAGGCUAUGGAAAGGUUGAAAAUCGCGAUUCAGCAGCAACACAUCAUGUGUGAUAAUGGGAAUGAUGAGACGGAUGAUCAACUCUCCGACUUCGAUCUUGAAGAGCGCAACAACAACCACAAUGGAAAUGACGAAAGAGCAUUUAUUGAUCCGGAAACGCACCAGCUCAUUUUACGAUGGUUGACAGGACAUGGAAGACCGUGGUUUUCUUCGAAACGUGACGUUGGUAUGCGAUUGGGCACGUCAUUGCCUAUGGAUAGUUUCCGUUCAUGGUGCGAAGCUACUUACGUUUUCUAA